GCUGAUAGCCGUUCAGCAAUUGGAAAAAUGGCAGCGCACAGGUGCAAUAUUGUUGUGCUGGCGUUCGUUCUUUGUGGAUUAACAUAUGUGUUUGUUACAGCAGACAUACAAGACACAAAUAAUGUGAAAGAUGAUGAAAGCGGCGCCGUUGAUAGUGCACCGAAGACGAAUAUAGGCGCGUCACUGCAAUCAACUAAAACCGAGGACCAAACCCAGGCUACGGAAGAGGAGAGGCAAUGGGAGGCUACCAAGGCCGAAACGAAUCCAGCAGAUGCUCCAAGCGACAACAAAGCUGACCAUGUCCAUGAUACCAUCCAAAACCCUGACAGUACUCCAACACCGCCUGCAAAAGACCAAACCCAAGAGGCAGCAGAAGAAGAGAGGCAAUGGGAGGCUACCGAGGUCAAAGAAGCUGACCAUGUCCCUGACACCAUGCAAACCCCAGACGUCCCUCCACCAACGCCCGCAAAAGACCAGUUUCAGGAAGAGUUGGUGAUCAGACCAUUGCAUUCUGGGGAUAUCUAUGCCAGCUUCCAGUUCCGCACCCUGUGGGAUACAGACUUCUUGCGUGGAAGUAAAGGUAGAGUUUGAUUUAAUAUGCUGUUUGGGUCACAUCAUCUUCUAUCCUCUAUCUAGUAGUCACACAGGGACACCACCAGUCGUAAGUGCAAAUCCAGCACAGGAGGUUGGUGGCAUCUUAAUUGGGGAGGAUGGGCUCGUGGUAAGGUCAGGAGCAGAGUAAGUGGAAUGGUAUCAAAUACAUGGUUUCCAUGUGUUUGAUGCCAUUCCAUUUGCUCCGUUCCAGCCAUUAUUAUGAGUCGUCCUCCCCUCAGCAGCCUCCACUGAUCGUCAUGGUCCUGUAGACCCACAGAGCAGGCUUUUGUUCCAGCCCAGCACUAAACAUUUUAUUCAACCAAUCAAGGGCUUGAUGAGUUGAAUAUUUGAACCAGGUGUGUUAUUGCUGCUGGGCUAUGUUGACUGUAGCAGUGCAUUCAUUGUCAUCAGUACAUGGGACCUAGGCCUAAUUUGAAUGAGUUAUGUCCAGUGCACACUUUUGGGAGAUUAUAGGCCUAGAUCUGGUACGUGCACACACCUAAACCCAAGGACGGAUUUUACGAACUAUGAAUCAAGUCAACAUAUUAGUGUUCUAUGAAACUCACUGUUUCCCCCCAAAAUUUCAUUUUCAGUCUCCCACUACCGACUCUUCCCAAAAUCGCUGGGCCAGGUGAUUUCAAAGUUCUCUGUGCGGGAGCUCCACAUCUCCUUCACUCAGGGCUACUGGAGGACCAUGCAGUGGGGCCAGCCCUUCCUACCAUCGCCCCCUGGUGCUGAACUGUGGGUAUGGUUCCAGGACACUGUCACUGAGUGAGUAUAUAAUAUACUGUAUAUUUAUCUAUACAAGUUCACUUUCCUUAUUGUUGAAGAUAAUGGAGUAGCUUUAGAUCUGUCGAAUCAUGCUUAGUCGGUUUUGGUCUCAACAAGAGCUGUAUAUAUGAAUACAUAUGUGUGGCUCUAGGGUUGUUCCAUAUGAUUUUAAAUACUUUUUGGCUCCACCCCUUUUGAUUUGAACGAAAUCGCCAUACAUGUUUGCCCAUGGUAGAAGUUAUCAUAAAGUGACUUCAAAUGGAUAUCAAACUCAACCAUUUAUAUUUUUCAGUGACGAAGGCACGGUGGCUGUAUCAUGGUGGGGUAUGCAAAAUGGGUCAACUUUGAGCACCUCUAUCUCCUUACUGUUUUGGCAUUCAAGUCCAGAAAGGCCCUUUCUGACUACUUCUGCCAUGGGUAAACGUGUAUGGAAGGUUUCGUUCAAAUCAAAAGGGCUGCAGUCAGAAAGUAAUUGAAAUCAUAUAGAACGACCCUGUAGUCUCACCCAUUUUGUAAACUAUGACCGCAGGUACCGCUGUCAUCUGGUCCAUUGAGUCUUAGACCAUUAAGGUAUCACAACAUUUGACAGGCAUGUCUUUCUUGUGACUGGUGGCAGAUACUGCCAUUUUACCCAUUGUAAUUUCUCCCAAACUAUAUCGGCAUUAAAGUGAUAUAGUUGUCUAUUAAAGUGAAUGUCCACUGAAGUGAAUGAUCCAGUGCCUUCAAAAAGUUUAUAUAGUAUAUAUUAUAUAAGUGUUGAAUCACCUUUGGCAGCGAUUACAGCUGUGAUUCUUUCUGGUAAGUCUAAGAGCUUUGCACACUUGGAUUGUACAAUAUUUGCCUAUUUUAUUAUUUAAAAAAUGUGUCAAGCUCUGUCAAGGUGGUUGUAGAUCAUUGCUAGACAAUUCUUGCCAUAUACACUGCUAAAAAAAAAUCAAGGGAACACUUAAACAACACAUCCUAGAUCUGAAUGAAUGAAAUAAUCUUAUUAAAUACUUUUUUCUUUACAUAGUUGAAUGUGCUGACAACAAAAUCAAAAAAUUAUCAAUGGAAAUCAAAUGUAUCAACCCAUGGAGGUCUGGAUUUGGAGUCACCCUCAAAAUUAAAGUGGAAAACCACACUACAGGCUGAUCCAACUUUGAUGUAAUGUCCUUAAAACAAGUCAAAAUGAGGCUCAGUAGUGUGUGUGGCCUCCACAUGCCUGUAUGACCUCCCUACAACGCCUGGGCAUACUCCUGAUGAGGAGUAUACUCCUGAUGCCAACUCCUGGACAGUCUGUGGUGCAACGUGGCGUUGGUGGAUGGAGCGAGACAUGAUGUCUCAGAUGUGCUCAAUUGGAUUCAGGUCUGGGGAACGGGCGGGCCAGUCCAUAGCAUCAAUGCCUUCCUCUUGCAGGAACUGCUGACACACUCCAGCCACAUGAGGUCUAGCAUUGUCUUGCAUUAGGAGGAACCCAGGGCCAACCGCACCAGCAUAUGGUCUCACAAGGGGUCUGAGGAUCUCAUCUCGGUACCUAAUGGCAGUCAGGCUACCUCUGGCGAGCACAUGGAGGGCUGUGCGGCCCCCCAAAGAAAUGCCACCCCACACCAUGACUGACCCACCGCCAAACCGGUCAUGCUGGAGGAUGUAGCAGGCAGCAGAACGUUCUCCAUGGCGUCUCCAGACUCGGUCACGUCUGUCACAUGUGCUCAGUGUGAACUUGCUUUCAUCUGUGAAGAGCACAGAGUGCCAGUGGCGAAUUUGCCAAUCUUGGUGUUCUCUGGCAAAUGCCAAACGUCCUGCACGGUGUUGGGCUGUAAGCACAACCCCCACCUGUGGACGUCGGGCCCUCAUACCACCCUCAUGGAGUCUGUUUCUGACCAUUUGAGCAGACACAUGCACAUUUGUUGCCUGCUGGAGGUCAUUUUGCAGGGCUCUGGCAGUGCUCCACCUGCUCCUCCUUGCACAAAGGCGGAGGUAGCGGUCCUGCUGCUGGGUUGUUGCCCUCCUACGGCCUCCUCCACGUCUCCUGAUGUACUGGCCUGUCUCCUGGUAGCGCCUCCAUGCUCUGGACACUACGCUGAACAGACACAGCAAACCUUCUUGCCACAGCUCGCAUUGAUGUGCCAUCCUGGAUGAGCUGCACUACCUGAGCCACUUGUGUGGGUUGUAGACUCAGUCUCAUGCUACCACUAGAGUGAAAGCACCGCCAGCAUUCAAAAGUGACCAAAACAUCAGCCAGGAAGCAUAGGAACUGAGAAGUGGUCUGUGGUCACCACCUGCAAAAGCAGUCCUUUAUUGGGGGUGUCUUGCUAAUUGCCUAUAAUUUCCACCUUUUGUCUAUUCCAUUUGCACAACAGCAUGUGAAAUUUAUUGUCAAUCAGUGUUGCUUCCUAAGUGGACAGUUUGAUUUCACAGAAGUGUGAUUGACUUGGAGUUACAUUGUGGUGUUUAAGUGUUCCCUUAAUUUUUUUGAGCAGUGUAUUUUCAAGCUGUUUUUAAGUCAAAACUGUAACUCAGGAACAUUCAAUGUCAACUUGUUAAGCAACUCCAGUGUAUAUUUGGCCUUGUGUUUUAGGUUAUUGUCCCUGCUGAAAGGUGAAUUUGUCUCCCCAGUGUCUGUUGUAAAGCAGACUGAACCAGGUUUUCCUCUAGGAUUUUGCCUGUACUUAGCUCUAUUCUGUUUCUUUUUAUCCUAAAAAAGCUGUCAUGUGUUGUUGGAUUUUCCCCAAACAUACAGUUGAAGUCGGAAGUUUACAUACACCUUAGCCAAAUACAUUUAAACUCAGUUUUUCACAAUUCCUGACAUUUAAUCCUAGUAAAAAUUCCCUGUCUUAGGUCAGUUAGGAUCACCACUUUUAUUUUAAGAAUGUGAAAUGUCAGAAUAAGAGUAGAGUGAUUUAUUUCAGCUUUUAUUUAUUUCAUCACAUUCCCAGUGGGUCAGAAGUUUACAUACACUCAAUUAGUAUUUUGGUAGCAUUGCCUUUAAAUUGUUUAACUUGGGUCAAACGUUUCGGGUAGCCUUCCACAAGCUUCCCACAAUAAGUUGGGUGAAUUUUGUCCCAUUCCUCCUGACAGAGCUGGUUUAACUGAGUCAGGUUUGUAGGCCUCCUUGCUCGCACACGCCUUUUCAGUUCUGCCCACACAUUUUCUAUAGGAUUGAGGUCAGAGCUUUGUGAUGGCCACUCUAAUACCUUGACUUUGUUGUGCUUAAGCCAUUUUGCCACAACUUUGGAAGUAUGCUUGGGGUCGUUGUCCAUUUGGAAGACCCAUUUGUGACCAAGCUUUAACUUCCUGACUGAUGUCUUGAGAUGUUGCUUCAAUAUAUCGACAUAAUUUUCCUUCCACAUGAUUCCAUCUAUUUUGUGAAGUGCACCAGUCCCUCCUGCAGCAAAGCACCCCCCCAGCAUGAUGCUGCCACCCCCAUGCUUCACGGUUGGGAUGGUGUUCUUCGGCUUGCAAGCUCACCUUUUUCCUCCAAACAUAACGAUGGUCAUUAUGGCCAAACAGUUCUAUUUUUGUUUCAUCAGACCAGAGGACAUUUCUCCAAAAAGUACGAUCUUUGUCCCCAUGUGCAGUUGCAAACCGUAGUCUGGCUUUUUUUAUGGCGGUUUUGGAGCAGUGGCUUCGUCCUUGCUGAGCGGCCUUUCAGGUUAUGUCAAUAUAGGACUAGUUUUACUGUGGAUAUAGAUACUUUUGUACCUGUUUCUUCCAGCAUCUUCACAAGGUCCUUUACUGUUGUUCUGGGAUUGAUUUGCACUUUUCGCACCAAAGUACGUUCAUCUCUAGGAAACAGAACGCGUCUCCUUCCUAAGCGGUAUGACGGCUGCGUGGUCCCAUGGUGUUUAUACUUGCGUACUAUUGUUUGUACAGAGGAUUGUGGUACCUUCAGGCAUUUGGAAAUUGCUCCCAAGGAUGAACCAGACUUGUGGAGGUCUACAAUUUUUUUUUCUGAGGUCUUGGCUGAUAUCUUUUGAUUUUCCUAUGAUGUCAAGCAAAGAUGCACUGAGUUUGAAGGUAGGCCUUGAAAUACAUCCACAGGUACAUCUCCAAUUGACUCAAAUUAUGUCAAUUAGCCUAUCAGAAGCUUCUGAAGCCAUUACAUCAUUUUCUGGAAUUUUCCAAGCUGUUUAAAGGCACAGUCAAUUUAGUGUAUGUAAACUUCUGACCUACUGGAAUUGUGAUACAGUGAAUUAUAAGUGAAAUAAUCUGUCUGUAAACAAUUGUUGGAAAAAUUACUUGUGUCAUGCACAAAGUAGGUGUCCUAACCGACUUGCCAAAACUAUAGUUUGUUAACAAGAAAUUAGUGGAGUGGUUGAAAAACUAUUUCUAAUGACUCCAACCUAAGUGUAUGUAAACUUACGAGUUCAACUGUAACACUUUGUAUCCAGGACAUAAAGUUAAUUUCUUUGUCACAUUUUUUGCAGUUUUACUUUAGUGCCUUAUUGCAAACAGGAUGCAUGUUUUGGAAUAUUAUUUAUAUACAAAUUCCUUCUUUUCACUCUGUCAUUUAUGUUAGUAUUGUGGACUAGGCCUAAUUACAAUGUUGUUGAUCCAUCCUCAGUUAUCUCCUGCCACAGCCAUUAAACUAUGUAACUGUUUUAAAAUCACCAUUGGCGUCAUGGUGAAAUCCCUGAGCGGUUUCCUUCCUUUCCGGCAACUGAUUUAGGAAGGGCGCCUGUAUCUUUUGUAGUGACGGGGUGUAUUGAUACACCAUUCAAAGUGUAAUGAAUAACUUCUCCAUGCUCAAAGGGAUAUUCAAUGUCUGUUUUAUAUUUUAUUUUUACCCAUCUACCAAUAGGUGCCCUUCUUUGCGAACCAUAGGAAAACCUCCCUGGUCUUUGUGGUUGAAUCUGUGCUUCAAAUUCACUGUUCAAGUUGGGGACCUUACAGAUAAUUGUAUGUGUGGGGUACACAGAUAGGAUAGUGAUUUUAAAAAAUCAUGUUAAACACUAUUAUUGCACACAGAUUGAGUCCAUGCAAUUUAUUACGUGAGGGGUUAAGCACAUUUAUAGUCCUGAACUUUAGGCUUGCCAUAACAAAAGGGUUGAGUACUUAUUGGCUCAAGACAUUUCAGCUUUUAAUUUGUAAUUAAUUUGUAAACAUUUCUAAAAACACAAUUCCACUUUGACAUUAUGGGGUAUUGUAUGUAGAUCGGUGACACAAUCUCAAUUUAAUCAAUUUUAAAUUCAGGCUGUAACACAACAAAAUGUGGAAAAAGUCAAGAGGUGUGAAUACUUUCUAAAGGCACUGUAACUGUACCCAUCGUUCGGUCCUUUGUCUUGUAGUGUGGACAGUGCCUGGAAGGAGCUGACCAACGUUCUCUCUGGGAUCUUCUGUGCCUCCCUGAAUUUCAUUGACUCCACCAACACGGUGCAGCCCAGUGCCUCAUUCAAGCCUCUAGGCUUGGGCAACGGUAAGGCUCCUCACACUCAGCAGAAUCUACAGUAGCUAGCCUACCUCUGAACUGAGAGCAGGGUCGUGUUCAUACAGCACCAGAGUGAAACAGAGAGGUACCAUCUGUAAUUGUCCAAUAAUAAACACUUUUCUACUGUGUGACAUAAUGAAUAUGACCCAGUGCCAACUAAUGCUUUGUUGUUAUGUCAAACUGAAAAGACAAUGCCAUGAGUCUUUACAGCAGGGGUGUGCAAUCCUAUGGCUGGUAUGGGGGGAGCUUUUGCUCGAGCCAAGCGGUAAAACACCUUAUUCAACUACCUAACUAAUCAUAUUCUUCAAUGAAGUCUUUGAGUAGUAGGAUCAGGUGUGCAUCUUGGCUAGAAUAUAAGCCUGCAAUCUUAACAGUCCUGGUGGGGUAAGAUUCCCACUCCUGAACAGAGAGCAGUGCUUUAGAACAGCCACAUUUCUGUCAUAUGUACUCAAAAGGAAUCCCAAAGAAGUUGGAUAGUUAACGAUGUGAAACACUACGGUACUGAUGUGUGAUUCUCCAUAAUACUAUGUUUUAUGUCUGGUUGUGAUGUCUCGUCUGUUGAUGUUGUCGUCUCAUGUACCUUGUAUGUGUCCUCUAAUCAGUGACAGACCAGCGCUUCCUCCGCUAUGCUGUGUUGCCGCGGGAGAUCGUCUGUACUGAGAACCUGACUCCGUGGAAGAAACUCCUUCCCUGCGGCUCCAAGGUACCUGUCUGUCUUACGUUUGAUGCUCUUGUCACAUCUAGCAAAGGCUUUAGACUUUAGUGCAAUAAAUCUGAAAUCUGCCACUACAACUAUGUGUACAAAGGCUUCUUUCUUCUUCUUCUUCUUCUUCUUCUUCUUGGCUUUGGGUGGUUAAUUUUGUCCUUUUAUUGUAGUUGACUUGUGAGUGUGUCAUGUGACAUGAUUAACCAUGUCGUGCAUGUUGCCCGUCUCCUUCCACUAGGCUGGUCUGGCAGUCCUGAUGAAGUCUGAGAAACUCUUCCACAGCAGCUUCCACUCCCAGGCUUUACACUUCAGACCUGUGUGUCAGGUAAUACAGUCUGUAGUGUACCUAUAUCUAUUAAAUGUAUUACUAUACUAAACUAUUAUAGCUACAUAGGUAUGAGGAAUACUACCACCUGCUGUUCAAAUGGGGUCAGCCAUAUCAAAGCUAUUUUGCGGGUUUGGGAUUUCAGAGUAAUGAUAUUUAGCCCAAGUUGUGCAGUUCUGCCACUUGAAUUGUGCUUAUUUGAAAAUGACAUCAUUAUUGCUUUAUACUGAACAAAAAUAUAAUCACAACAUGCAACAAUUUCAAGGAUUUUACUCAUAUAAGGAAAUCAGUAAAUUUAAAUAAAUGGACACUUGAAACCCCACCUCUUUAAGGAAUACCUGGGAUAGGAUAAAGUAAUCCUUCUACCCCCCCCUUACCCCCACCCCCCCCCCCCAAAAAAAAAUAACAUAUUGUAAAGUGGUUAUCCCACUGGCUAUAAGGUGAAUGCACCAAUUUGUAAGUCGCUCUGGAUAAGAGCGUCUGCUAAAUGACGUAAAUGUAAAUGUAAUUAGCCUCUAAUCUAUGGAUUCCACAUGACUGGGAAUACAGAUAUGCAUCUGUUGGUCACAGAUACCUUUAAAAAAAAGGUAGGGACGUGGAUCAGAAAACCAGUCAAUAUCUGGUCUGACCACCAUUUGCCUCAUGCAGCGCGACACAUCUCCUUCGCAUAGACUUGAUCAGGCUGUUGAUUGUGGCCUGUGGAAUGUUGUCCCACUCCUCUUCAAUGGCUGUGCUAAGUUGCUGGAAAUUGGCAGGAACUGCAACAAGCUGUCAUACACGUUCAUCCAGAGCAUCCAAAACAUGCUCAAUGGGUGACAUGUCUGGUGAGUAUGCAGGCCAUGGAAGAACUGGGACAUUUUCAGCUUCCAGGAAUUGUGUACAGAUCCUUGCGACAUGGGGCCGUGCAUUAUCAUCCUGAAACAUGAGGUGAUUGUGGUGGAUGAAUGGCACGACAAUGGGCCUCAAGAUCUCGUCAUGGUAUCUCUGUGCAUUCAAAUUGCCAUCAAUAAAAUGCGCACUGACAGUGCAAAUGCGCACUAUAUAUACAGUGCAUUUUGAAAGUAUUCAGACCCCUUGACUUUUUCCACAUUUUGUUACGUUACAGCCUUAUUCUAAAAUGUAUUAAAUUGUUUUUUCCCCUCAUCAGUCUACACACAAUACCCCAUAAUGACAACGCGAAAACAGGUUUUUAGACAUUUUUGCAAAGACACACACCUGUCUAUAUAAGGUCCCACAGUUGACAGUGCAUGUCAUAGCAAAAACCAAGCCAUGAGGUUGAAGGAAUUGUCCGUAAAGCUCUGAGACAGGAUUGUGUCGAGGUACAGAUCUGGUUAAGGGUACCAAAAAAUGUCUGCAGCAUUGAAGGUCCCCAAGAACACAGUGGCCUCCAUCAUUCUUAAAUGGAAGAAGUUUGGAACCACCAAGACUCUUCCUAGAGCUGGCCGCCUGGCCAAACUGAGCAAUCGGGGGAGAAGGGCCUUUGUCAGGGAGGUGACCAAGAACCUCCAGAGUUCCUCUGUGGAGAUGGGAGAACCUUCCAGAAGGACAAUCAUCUCUGCAACAGUCCACCAAUCAGGCCUUUAUGGUAGAGUGGCCAGACGGAAGCCACUCCUCAGUAAAAAGGCACAUGACAGCCCGCUUGGAGUUCGCCAAAAGGCACCUAAAGGACUCCCAGUCCAUGAGAAACAAAGAUUCUCUGGUCUGAUGAAACCAAGAUUGAACUCUUUGGCCUGAAUGCCAAGUGUCACGUCUGGAGGAAACCUGGUUCCAUCCCAACGGUGAAGCAUGGUGGUGGCAGCAUCAUGCUUUGUGGAUGUUUUUCAGCAGAAGGGACUGGGAGAAUAGUCAGGAUCAAGGGAAAGAUGAACGGAGCAAAGUACAGAGAUCCUUUAAAAAAACCUGCUCAAGACCUCAGACUGGGGCGAAGGUUCACCUUCCAACAGGACAACGACCCUAAGUACCCAGCCAAGACAACGCAGGAGUGGCUUCGGGUCAAGUCUCUGAAUGUCCUUGAGUGGCCCAGCCAUAGCCCGGACUUGAACCCAAUCGAACAUCUCUGGAGAGACCUGAAAAUAGCUGAGCAGCGACGCUCCCCACCCAACCUAACAGAGCUUGAGAGGCUCUGCAGAGAAGAAUGAGAGAAACUCCCCAAAUACAGGUUUGCCAAGCUUGUAGCGUCAUACCCAAGAAGACACAAGGCUGUAAUCACUGUCAAAGGUGCUUCAACAAAGUACUGAGUAAAGGGUCUGAAUACUUAUGUAAAUGUGAUAUUUCCGUUUUUUAUUUUUAGUACAUUUGCAAACAUUUCUAAAAACCUGUUUUUGCUUUGUUAUUAUGGGGUAUUGUGUGUAGAUUGUUGAGGGAGAAAAAACAAUUUUAAUCAAUUUUAGAAUAAGGCUGUAAUGUAAUAAAAUGUGGAAAAGGUAAAGGGGUCUGAAUACAUUCCGAAUGCACUGUAUUUAUAACAUUAUUGGUUGCAAGAAUUUUGUAUAAUUUGAAUAGAAAAACGUUGAAUCCAGUGUCGUUUUGUGUAUCAGUUCAUAAACGAUGUGCCAUUGAAUCAGUACAUCAAAAAUCUCUUCCCAUCUAUUUUGAAAUCUAUAUGGCACAACUGUCAAUUUUUUGGUCCUUAAAUGAAACUGAUAUACUUUUUUAUUUAUCACACAUUUCUUUAACCAAUUUUGGUCUUUAAUUCAGUGCCGACAGAUAAGGUCCUUACUUUCUCCCCCUUCCACUUGCCUCCACCAGUCCUAUUUAUGAUAUCAUUUACAAAGAUUAUACCGUUUUUAAACAUUGUUUUCCAAAACAUAUUGUUUAAAAAAAAUCAAUUAGUACAUUUGAGUUUAACCAUUUUAUAUUUGUUGCAAUAUUUGUUCUGUCUGUUCUGGUGGAUUAAACUGAAAUUGCAACCAACUUUCUAUGGCUUGUUUUAAAAAUAGUGAUAUUUUGGAGAUGAUUUUAAUUUUCAAAUAACCGAAAGUGAGAUGUUGUAAUCUGAGGUGAGACAUUCUUACUAAUCUGCUAGAGAACCAGUUCUGAUUUAAGGAUCACUUUUGUGUGACUGAAGCCUUUAGUGAGAGGUCUAAUGCUUUAAUAUUGAUUCAUUAUAUAAAUAGGCCCGUUUAAUUUUGUCUGGUAAUUGUAGUGAGAUCAUUACUUUCUUUUGGGUUAUGAAAUAAGCUUUUGUGCGUAUGGAAAAUGUCUGGGAUCUUUAUUUCAGCUCAUGAAACAUUGGACCAACACAUGUUGCGUUUAUAUUUUUGUUCAGUGUAGUUGGUCGUAGUCAUUUUUGAAUGUAAGAGUGUAGGAAUAGAGAAUCUUUGUUCAUUGUCUCACUGUCUUCAUUGUCUCAAAAACGAAAUCACUGGUUUCUCCUUCUGUCCUACAUCAUUCCAUCCUAUCCGAAUCCCAUUUGAUAGCCUGUCACUGUUGAUGAGCCCCAGCCUUGAUAUGACACUCUACUGUUGUUUCAGGACUGGAAGUGCAAAUCCACAGUGUGGGAGCUGAGACAGACACUGAACGUGGUGUUCGACCUUCACACCUCUGGCCAGGGCAAACGAGGUGAAACACCUCUCCACAUUCAGUAUUGCACCCCUUUCACACACCUAAGCUGAGCCGAUUUGUAUUGCACUGGCCUGUUUAUGCAUCCACCAUAUAGUUGCUGGAAACAUAAAGAAAAAGAACAGAGCCAGCACAAUACGGUUCAGGUCGGCAUGAUAGUGUGAAAAGGGUGCAAGUAAUUUCGCCUCACUAUUGCUAAAACACUAGGCUUGAACGGUAUACCAUAUAUACUGUAUACUGGGGUAUUUGGAAAAAAACACAGGAUGGUUUUUCAAUACUGUCAACUAUUUAUUUGAAGUUUUUCAAUAAAUGUGAAUAUUUGUAACUACUUUUUAAGUAAAUACCUGCAGUCGACUUGUGCAAUAAAUUAGGAGAUAAAGCAGAUUGCGUUCUUAAUUUCACCUGUCACAUUAUUUCACAUUAUGAAGCUUACCGGUAGCUCGUGAGUCCAGCUGUGUAUUUGGUUUAACUUGCUAGUGGCUGAAUUAAUAAUGAGAUUGGGCAUCAUAUAGUGUUAGCUUUCUGCCGUGUUUGAGAAGUCAAAGCGCUUUGGAUGAGUUAUCUGUACUGCUGCUACUGCUUUUAUCUUGAUUUCCUUGUGUUGAUUGCCCCCUCUUCUCUGAGCAGAGCAGGCAGGCCCGUAGCUCCAGAGCCAGUACUAUUCUUCCUUCAGACAAGCAUGCGUCAAAACUUUGUUAUUUUGCACAAUGUCUCUCGUUCACAUUUGCUUGUAAAUGUCCAAACUCACCAAACAUGACAUUCGGUAGCUCCUACCUACACUUGUAUAAACGUUCUGAGCUGGAUUGCCUGUCUUUGCAAUUUAGUUUAUUUUCAAAUGUUGUUAGCAUUCUGGUAAUGGUCGCCCCCUGUGGGCUUAAAAAAAUGUUUUGCGCCCCUUGUGUACUAAGACGGUAAUACCGUAAAUCCCGGCAUAAGAGAAGGACAGUAUGAUGAUAUAAAAAUCUGGAUACCGCCCAACCCUAGUAGGUGUAUUUGCCUGCUAGCUGGUUGUUACAAAGCAAAAAAGGCAUGUUUUUCAAAUAAAAUAAAACUUUAUUUAAAGUGCAUUUUAAAGUUGCAACACACAUUACAGUAAAACAAUAAAAUGAACGAAAUAAAGAACAAACAACUUUUCAUAUAAAAGUUGUUUAUGUCUAAUGCGGUGUACAGACAUUGACCUUUCUGUGCUCCUUAAAAAGACGGUUCACUACCUUUUUAAAUACAAAAAGGGGCCAAGAUGAAUGCGAUGCUAUGUAUAUGAUGUUAUGAUGGUGAUGUUGGUUAUUGGGUGUUUCGUCAGAGUGGUCCCUGUUCAAGAUGUUCUCUCGCACCCUGACUGAAGCCUGCCCGCUGGCCUCCUCCAGUAAAGUAUACGUGGACGUCACAGACAACCCUCAGGUCAGCAACUUUACAUUACUGACUUUACAUGACUGCUAACUUUACCCAACUCCACAUUCUAUUUAGUUAGCAGACAAUCUUACUCUUGAGUGCAUACACAUUAUUGUUCAUUCAUUGAUUUGUGAAUCAAUGUUUGUCUGUAUUUGUAUAUGCAUGCUUGCGCACAUGUGUGUGAUUUGUUAACUCUAAAACAUCAGAAAACACUAUGGAGAAGUGUCAUUCUAUGGUAAUUAUGCAGGCAAGUGUUGUUGUUAUUGUGUUUCCCCUACAGGGAGAGCUGUUUGAGCUUAGCCCAACCACUCCCCUGCUCAGCCAGGCUGUGGUGCUUGGGGACCGGAGGACCUACUCGGUCUACGACCUCACUAACCAGGCCACGUUCGGACAGACGCGCUCCCUCAACAUGCUGCUGCGCUGGAGAGCAGCCGAGAGUGGUGAGUGACAUGUAAAGAACACAACACGUGGGCUGCAUUUAAUUCCAGAAAAUAUGUUUGUUCCGUCGACUGUCUGUUCACUUCCCUUCACAGAUUGGUUGUUGCUGUUACACAAGUGGAAUAAGGAACAAUCCCUAUUCGUCUUGUAUAAUUACAAACACUGCUCAACCCCAUUACUAUGCAAUUAUUAUGCAGUUCCUAAAGUACUAAGAAACGGCAUGUUAAUACAAUGUUACUAGUGUCAUUUGCAGUUACUGCUAGGGUUGUUGCGGUGACCGUAUUACCACCACACCGGCGGUCACGAGUGAGUCAUGAAGGCAGUCAAAUUCCACGUGACUGUUUAGUCACGGUAACUAGUCUUCUCCAAGCUCUGAUGCUGCUGAUGGUCAUUAGUAGCCUACCAAACUUGCUAACUGCCUGGUACUCAGCACUCUAUUGUCCCUCUAAUCACUCUGACAUCAAUGCAAAUGUUUUCGAAAAUAUAAUCAAACACUUAAUGAGAGCCCAUGAGCUCAUGUUGCGCAACAUUUCUAUAGGCUAUGCAAUUGCACGAGAAAACAGAGUGAUGGCCUCUACUAAAAAGAGGAGGAUCCCAUCAGCUUUCUAUAGGCUAGGCCUACUAUAUUUAUUUCUCAACUUUCCUAAUAUUAAGCACAUUGCUGGCAUGAAAAUGAACCACGGGAAAAGCGUCCUCCAUUCACUAUUUUAAGUGCCCCUGUUUUGAGACAGGUGCAUGAUAAUGGUCCAUUCUAAAUCAAAAGAAAUGUCACACAUACAGUGGGGAGAACAAGUAUUUGAUACACUGCCGAUUUUGCAGGUUUUUCUACUUACAAAGCAUUUAGAGGUCUGUAAUUUUUAUCAUAGGUACACUUCAACUGUGUGAGACGGAAUCUAAAACAAAGAUCCAGAAAAUCACAUUGUAUGAUUUUUAAGUAAUUAAUUUGCAUUUUAUUGCAUGACAUAAGUAUUUGAUCACCUACCAACCAGUAAGAAUUCCGGCUCUCACAGACCUGUUAGUUUUUCUUUAAGAAGCCCUCCUGUUCUCCACUCAUUACCUGUAUUAACUGCACCUGUUUGAACUCGUUACCUGUAUAAAAGACACCUGUCCACACACUCAAUCAAACAGAAUCCAACCUCUCCACAAUGGCCAAGACCAGAGAGCUGUGUAAGGACAUCAGGGAUUAAAUUGUAGACCUGCACAAGGCUGGGAUGGGCUACAGGACAAUAGGCAAGCAGCUUGGUGAGAAGGCAACAACUGUUGGCGCAAUUAUUAGAAAAUGGAAGAAGUUCAAGAUGACGGUCAAUCACCCUCGGUCUGGGGCUCCAUGCAAGAUCUCACCUCGUGGGGCAUCAAUGAUCAUGAGGAAGGUUGAGGGAUCAGCCCAGAACUACACGGCAGGACCUGGUCAAUGACCUGAAGAGAGCUGGGACCACAGUCUCAAAGAAAACCAUUAGUAACACACUACGCCGUCAUGGAUUAAAAUCCUGCAGCGCACGCAAGGUCCCCCUGCUCAAGCCAGCGCAUGUCCAGGCCCGUCUGAAGUUUGCCAAUGACCAUCUGGAUGAUCCAGAGGAGGAAUGGGAGAAGGUCAUGUGGUCUGAUGAGACAAAAAUAGAGCUUUUUGGUCUAAACUCCACUCUCCAUGUUUGGAGGAAGAAGAAGGAUGAGUACAACCCCAAGAACACCAUCCCAACCGUGAAGCAUGGAGGUGGAAACAUCAUUCUUUGGGGAUGCUUUUCUGCAAAGGGGACAGGACGACUGCACCGUAUUGAGGGGAGGAUGGAUGGGGCCAUGUAUCGCGAGAUCUUGGCCAACAACCUCCUUCCUUCAGUAAGAGCAUUGAAGAUGGGUCGUGGCUGGGUCUUCCAGCAUGACAACGACCCGAAACACACAGCCAGGGCAACUAAGGAGUGGCUCCGUAAGAAGCAUCUCAAGGUCCUGGAGUGGCCUAGCCAGUCUCCAGACUUGAACCCAAUAGAAAAUCUUUGGAGGGAGCUGAAAGUCCGUAUUGCCCAGCGACAGCCUCGAAACCUGAAGGAUCUGGAGAAGGUCUGUAUGGAGGAGUGGGCCAAAAUCCCUGCUGCAGUGUGUGCAAACCUGGUCAAGACCUACAGGUUUUGUACCAAAUAUUAAGUUCUGCUUUUCUGAUGUAUCAAAUACUUAUGUCAUGCAAUAAAAUGCAAAUUAAUUACUUAAAAAUCAUACAAUGUGAUUUUCUGGAUUUUUGUUUUAGAUUCCGUCUCUCACAGUUGAAGUGUACUUAUGAUAAAAAUUACAGACCUCUACAUGCUUUGUAAGUAGGAAAACCUGCAAAAUCAUCGGCACUGUAUCAAAUACUUGUUCUCCCUACUGUAUAUUAUUUAGUAUAUGUAAAGACAAGAUUGAAUCAAGAAUAGUCUGAUGGGUGACAAUAUUAGCCUAUCACUUGGGAAUGAUAUAUUAUCACUUGUGAAUGAUGCCCAGCAUAAGAAACAAUGCCUUUUUUUGUGAAUUUUUCGAAUCAUAGUCGCAAACCUCAUGUAGCCUAGCCCAUAGGCCUAUAUGUUUUAAUAAGGUUUGUAUCAUAACUAAAGUGGCCAAAUAACUUCUUAAAAUUAAGCACAUUAAUCCGCUUUACAAGGGGUGUAGAGCCUAACUGGCAUACAUAAGUGGCGCGUGAGUUUCAAGUUUGAAGAUAAUUUUCACCAUAAAAAUGCACCUUUAUAAUAAAAGCAUUACAUGCAUAAUCGCAAUGGGAAAUGUUCGCUUAAAGCCUUCUGCUGUGUGCAUUGCUGCGCUUAUAAUGUGAAGAAAUAGCCUAAUAGUUUAUCAACAUUUUAAGUCUCAUUACGUAAAAAAGUUUUUUAUGCUUGUGGUUGUAUUAAUUUGGGAUCUAUCGCAUCCCACAACUGUCCCAGACUAUGAUUGGAAUAUUUAUUUAUCUCAGAAUAGAAUAGGUCAACUUUUGUACUAUUGGGGAUAGUAGAUUGACAUAGGCUAGUGCUUUUGCUGUUUGUUAGGCCUACUCAUCUGGUUGGCUGACGAAAAGUAAAUGUGGACAGUUCUUCCAAUAUCUUCAAUAUGCACCGCGGAAUUUGAUAAUUAUGCACGCAGUUGUGUCCCCGAUGUGUCUGUCUUCACUUGUAGCCUGUGAGAAAGACCUGAUCACCUGAUGAGAGCGGUGUGAGCGAGAUGAGAGAUGCUUCGGAGUGGGCAGCAUUUAGGAAGAAGAGCUGCAAAAGGCAUGGAUUUUUUUAGGGUGCAUUAUGGCCACACAAAGGGGUUACCACUGGGAAAUUGGAGGCAUUAUCAAGUGCUUCUCAAAUUGUGAUUGAGAGACUGACAAAGUGUGUACAGCCAGCGCAAAAAAACUAAGCAGAGCUCAUGCCUUUCAAGCGACUUUUUUCAAAUCAUCUUUGGAGUUGCAUCAUGCAGCCUUGCAAUGUAUUAAAAAUCAAAACAUAUAGCCCAACGUUUGUAGAACAACUAAAGUUACAUUAACUCUAAAUUAAGCAUAUAAGAGUACCUAUUUCUUUGUUAACAGCUCAACACAGAAUAGCCGCAUGUGCGCGCUCCCACAAAUCGUUUGGAGAAAAUAUCCUUUCUAUUUUAUUCAGCUUUGUUCAAUUGUAUUCUUCAUACUAUAAAUAAUAUAAAAUAAUGCCACAGAAUUCUAAGCAAAUCUUGUCUGCUGAAUUAACUAGUGUAGCCCACAGCCAUGUGGCAUAGCCAGAUCAGGACCUAACUCAGAGUAUGCUAUUCUGUUCUUCUGAAAUAGACUACAUUUUCUUCCUAUCAUGCUUCUUUAGACCUGUCUAAAAUAAUUUGUGAAGGUGUAGGCUAUAUUACAUGGAUUUAUUUGACUUUUUGAAAUGUAGAUGUUCCAAAGGUCAGCAUCAGUGGCUUGUAGGCUAUGUGUGGAAGCCAGGAGAUGCUAAAUGUGUUUAUGUUAAGUAAAGGUAAAUUACCUUGAGACCGACCAGUUAUUUGCUUGACAAUCACCGGCUGACGAAAUUUCGUGACCGCAACAGCCCUAGUUACUACACAGUAAGAUCAGGUAAUGUAAGUGUUACCGAAAAAAGGGAAAACAUUUGUGAUAUGAAUGAAUUUCCAUGUAGGGCAUAUAAAAUGGUGUCUGUGUAAAAUUGACCAUAGAAAUUAUAUUUCUAUUCUAGUUAUUCUAAUUCUAUGAUUGACCAUAUGAAUGCUCCCUCCUUCCCUGUCCCCAGGAGACAUGCUGCGUCCCCUACUGCAUGGAGAGCGCUACGUGGCCGGCUACGGGCUGCAGACGGGAGAGAUCCACACCCUGAUGUACAACAACCAUCCGUACCGGGCCUUCCCUGUCCUCCUACUAGAGACUGUGCCCUGGUACCUGCGCCUCUACAUCCACACGCUCACCGUCACCAGCAAGGGGCGUGACAACAAACCCAGUGAGUUGUUCAGUGCUGCUGCUCACCUGCUGACACUGUUCCACCUAGGCCUGAUAUGAAUGUCAGCUACCUAUUGAUAGCUGUUGAGGGAAAGGUCAUUUCUUCCCACAUGGGGGAGCACAUGCUUCUGUAUCAUAAAGCCUCAUGCAGCCACUGAAUGUGCCUGAUAUAAAAUGUAAUAUUGUGAAGAGAACUUGAAAGAGGCUUCAUACAGUGCCUUCCGAAAGUAUUCAUAACCCUUGACUUAUUCCACAUGUUGUUAUGUUACAGCUUAUUCUAAAAUGGAUUAAAUAAAUAAAAAUCCUCAGCAAUCUUCACACAAUACUGCAUAAUGACAAAGCGAAAACAGAUUUUUAGAAAUUUAGCUAAUUUAUCAAAUAAAAAAAUCUGACCCUUUGCUAUGAGACUCAAAAUUGAGCUCAGGUGCAUCCUGUUUCCAUUGAUCAUCCUUGAGAUGUUUCUACAACUUGAUUGGAGUCCACCUGUGGUAAAUUAAAUUGAUUGGACAUGAUUUGGAAAGGCACACACCUGUCUAUAUAAGGUCCCACAGUUGACAGUGCAUGUCAGAGCAAAAACCAAGCCAUGAGAUCGAAGUAAUUGUCCGUAGAGCUCCAAAAAGGAUUGUGUCGAGGCACAGAUGUAGGGAAGGGUACCAUAAAAUGUCUACAGCAUUGAAGGUCCCCAAGAACACAGUGGCCUCCAUAAUUCUUAAAUGGAAGAAGUUUGGAACCACCAAGACUCUUCCUAGAGCUGGCCACCCGGGGCAAACUGAGAAAUCGUGGGAGAAGGUCCUUGGUCAGGGAGGUGACCAACAACCCAAUUGUCACUCUGACAGAGCUCUAGAGUUGCUCUGUGGAGAUGGGAGAACCUUCCAGAAGGACAACCAUCUCUGCAGCACUCCACCAAUCAGGCCUUUAUGGUAGCGUGGCCAGACGGAGGCCACUCCUCAGUAAAAGGCACAUGACAGCCCGCUUGGAGUUUGCCAAAAGGCACCUAAAGAUUAUCUGGUCUGAUGAGACCAAACUUCACGUCUAGAGGAAACCUAGUACCAUCCUUACGGUGAAGCAUGGUGGUGGCAGCAUCAUGCUGUGGGGAUGUUUUUCAGCGGCAGGGAUUGGGAGACUAGUCAGGAUCGAGGGAAAGAUGAACGGAGCAAAGUACAGAGAGAUCCUUGAUCAAAACCUGCUCCAGAGCACUCAAGACCUCAGACUGGGGUGAAUGUUCACCUUCCAACAUGACAAUGACCCUAAGCACACAGCUAAGACAACGCAAGAGUGGCUUUGUGACAACUCUCUGAAUGUCCUUGAGUGGCCCAGCCAGAGCCCGGACUUGAACCUGAUCGAACAUGUCUGGAGAGACCUGAAAAUAGCUGUGCAGCGACAUUCCCCAUCCAACCUGAUAGAGCUUGUGAGAAUCUGCAGAGAAGAAUGGGGAAAAACUCACCAAAUACAGCUGUGCCAAGCUUGUAGCGUCAUACCCAAGAAGAUUCGAGGCUGUAAUCGCUGCCAAAGGUGCUUCAACAAAGAACUGAGUAAAGGGUCUGAAUACUUAUGUAAAUGUGAUAUAUUUUUGUAUUUUUUGAAUAUGUACAAAUUCCAAAAACCUGUUUUCGCUUUGUCAUUAUGAGGUAUUUUGUGUAGAUUGAUGACGAAAAAGAAAUAAUGUAAUGAAUUUUUAGAAUAUGGCUGUAACGUAACACAAUGUGGAAAAAGUCAAGCGGUCUGAAUACUUUCCGAAUGCACUGUAGUUUCAUUCAAUCAAUGAAUAAAUCAAAGUUCAAUGUUGGUGUUGUUUUCCCCUUCAUGGUAUGAGGAGUGAUAGCUCAUAAACUGAAGAGAACUUCAAUGAGAAGAUUGAUUGGCUUCUUUCUCUCGUUGGAUAUGUUUCACACCUUUCCAAUUCAGACUCAAAAUGGGGACUUCAUUAUCAUAAUGUGGGAUGUGAUGGGUAUAUGGUCUUCUCUAUACGCAAAAGAAAAUUGUAAUGGAAUACAGGAAACAAAAAUCUCAACCUACAGCGGUCAAAUGAUUUGGCUAAAUAGAAGCAAGCACCAAAAGCUUGUGAAAGCUUAAUUACAAUAUUAUUGGGAAUAUGUCCAUGAUAAAAACAAAGAGAAUGGAAUGUAAUUGGAUAAAUUACAGAAAAGUUAGUUGAGAAUGAUGCAGCGUGUGGAUCGCUAUUUCUAAAAUCAAUAUGGACAGCGCCCGGUGCUUGAAGUUGAAUAGGCAAAUUGACUAACAAGGGGGCUUUGUUGGAGCACUAUUUAAGAAAGAAGAGGUAGGCUUACCGAUUUGACAGACGCAAUUAUGUUACCCAUAUAUUUGUCGGUAGGCCUAUAGCUAUUUCCUCCUUUCUGCGUCGACUCGGACCUCAUGUCUGGGGUGGAAAAUCUACUUCUGAAAGUACCAUGCUGAUAUUCAUAAUGACAUCUCAGAUUGAAUUAUUUGCAAACAGUGACAGUUUAGUUCCAAACAAGACACACUAGUUUGUCAUUGGAGAAACACUGUACAAUUAAUAUAUUUUAAUAGAGUAGGUAGGCCUAUUAACAUAAUUAUUGGUGAUUUUACCACUGUAAUCAGAUCGACAGUUUUAUAUUGUCAUUGAAUUGAUUAGUCCACUAACUACGUGUUAAAUGUGUAGUGUAACUUAUUGUGUAGGGCUAUGAAUUGGGCAGCUAGUAGGCUAUUUGCUAAUAGGCUAAUUAUGUUCAGCCCACUGACUAGUUACAAGCUCAGGAACAAAUUGGCUGGAGGCCAAACCUAGUUGCCAACCCCCGUAUAUUGUAAAUUCAAUCACCACCAUCAUCAUCAUCAUCAUCAUUCAGAUCAUUCAAACGUGUGGAUAUAGGCCUAGUACUAAACUUGAAGAACUCGUGGUUGUCUCUGUGAAAUUAUGUAGUUGCUCACCAGUGCGUUCUUGAAGAGGAAACUAGGUUACAAUGUAGCCUAACAAUAUCGCUCGCAAACGGCACAGAUGUGCGAUUUUUAUUGCUAUAUAGCACUGGUCCUCUUACAUUUUAAUUCCAGUUUGCAUAUCACAGUAUUUAAGCGCAUAUCGGAUGGUCUGCUCUGCCCAUAAGUCACACCAAGCAUAGGGUCCCUAUAAGUUUGAAAUUUAAAAAAAUUGUCCUAUUGAAAAAACGGACAUAGCUCUCCAAUUCCGUCUGAUGUGUAUAUAUAUAAUGUAUUACAUGAAUUUAAAUAAUGUUUUAAUGCCAUCUUUUCACCCUGCUCCGUGUAGUCAAUGUAUUCCAUUUAAAAUGUGGCUCCCAGUGCGGCUAGUUCCGGGGCUAUUAUGACGUAUCUGACAGUUCCUUCUCUGUAUGUUCCUAGGGCAAGUGCAGGGGUGUUGCCUAGCAACACAUGCCUCAGCGGGAGACAAGGUCUGCAUAUUCCCAUGAUUUGUGAAUCUAUUCGGACAGAACAGCUAGCGCGACAGCUAAAUUGGCUUUGAAAAAAUAUGAUUUCAGCUAAUAGGGAGAAGUAGCUAACAAAAUAACUACAGUGGCUUGCGAAAGUAUUCACCCCCUUGGCAUUUUUCUUAUUUUGUUGCCUUACAACCUGGAAUUAAAAUUGAUUUUUUGGGGGUUUGUAUCAUUUGAUUUACACAACAUGCCUACCACUUUGAAGAUGCAAAAUAUUUUUUCUUGUGAAACAAACAAGAAAUAAGACAAAAAAAACAGAACUUCAGCAUGCAUAACUAUUCACCCCCCCAAAGCCAAUACUUUGUAGAGCCACCUUUUGCAGAAAUUACAGCUGCAAGUCUCUUGGGGUAUGUCUCUAUAAGCUUGGCACAUCUAGCCACUGGGAUUUUUGCCCAUUCUUCAAGGCAAAAACUGCUCCAGAUCCUUCAAGUUGGAUGGGUUCCGCCGGUGUACAGCAAUCUUUAAGUCAUACCACAGAGGUCUGGGCUUAGACUAGGCCAUUCCAAGACAUUUAAAUGUUUCCCCUUAAACCACUCGAGUGUUGCUUUAGCAGUAUGCUUACGGUCAUUGUCCUGCUGGAAGGUGAACCUCCGUCCCAGUCUCAAAUCUCUGGAAGACAGAAACCGGUUUCCCUCAAGAAUUUCCCUAUAUUUAGCGCCAUCCAUCAUUCCUUCAAUUCUGACCAGUUUCCCAGUCCCUGCCGAUGAAAAACAUCCCCACAGCAUGAUGCUGCCACCACCAUGCUUCACUGUGGGGAUGGUGUUCUCAGGGUGAUGAGAGGUGUUGGGUUUGCCACAGACAUAAACUCAGCAAAAAAAUAAACAUUCUCUCACUGUCAACUGCAUUUAUUUCAGCAAACUUAACAUGUGUAAAUAUAUGUAUGAACAUAACAAGAUUCAACAACUGAGACAUAAACUAAACAAGUUCCACAGACAUGUGACUAACAGAAAUUGAAUAAUGUGUACCAGAACAAAGGGGGGGUCAAAAUCAAAAGUAACAGUCAGUAUCUGGUGUGGCCACCAGCUGCAUUAAGGACUGCAGUGCAUUUCCGCAUGUACCGCACCAGAUUUGCCAGUUCUUGCUGUGAGAUGUUACCCCACUCUUCCACCAAGGCACCUGCAAGUUCCCGGACAUUUCUGGGAGGAAUGGCCCUAGCCCUCACCCUCCGAUCCAACAGGUCCCAAACGUGCUCAAUGGGUUUGAGAUCUGGGCUCUUCGCUGGCCAUGGCAGAACACUGACAUUCCUGUCUUGCCAUUUGGCUAACACCAAACGUGUUUGCUUAUUUUUUUCUUUAAGCAAUGGCUUUUUUCUGGCCACUUCCGUAAAGCCCAGCUCUGUGGAGUGUACGGCUUGAAGUGGUCCUAUGAACAGAUACUCCAAUCUCCGCUGUGGAGCUUUGCACCUUCAGGGUUAUCUUUGGUCUCUUUGUUGCCUCUCUGAUUAAUGCCCUCCUUGCCUGGUCCGUGAGUUUUGGUGGGCGGCCCUCUCUUGGCAGGUUUGUUGUGGUGCCAUAUUCUUUCCAUUUUUUUUAUAAUGGAUAUAAUGGUGCUCUGUGGGAUGUUCAAAGUUUCAGAUAUUUUUUUAUAACCCAACCCUGAUCUGUACUUCUCCACAACUUUGUCCCUGACCUGUUUGGAGAGCUCCUUGGUCGUCAUGGUGCUGCUUGCUUGGUGGUGCCCCUUGCUUAGUGGUGUUGCAGACUCUGGGGCCUUUCAGAACAGGUGUAUAUAUACUGAGGUCAUGUGACAGAUCAUGUGACACUUAGAUUGCACACAGGUGGACUUUCUUUAACUAAUUAUGUGACUUCUGAAGGUAAUCGGUUGCACCAGAUCUUAUUUAGGGGCUUCAUAGCAAAGGGGGUGAAUACAUAUGCACGCACCUCUUUUCCGUUAUAUUUUUUUUUUCAUUUCACUUCACCAAUUUGGACUAUUUUGUGUAUGUCCAUUACAUGAAAUCCAAAUAAAAAUCCAUUUAAAUUACAGGUUGUAAUGCAACAAAAUAGGACAAAUGCCAAGGGGGAUGAAUUCGUUAGCAAGGCACUGUACAUUAUGGCAUUCACUAAUCAUCUCUAUUUACUUAAAAUUAAUGUGGGUACAAUUGUGGACAAAAUUCUUACUUACCUAACGUUUAAGUUGAUAAUUUUAUGGGAGAAGUUUUUGUAUAAGCCAUUGGGUUUCUCACCUCUCCUGCACUUAUGUAUUAUUUUACUAUCACCAUUAGGGCUGUGACGUUUUUUGUAUAACCGUGUAAUAAAUGAUUAUGGAUGAAGACCGUGAUUGUUGUUUUAAAAUCAACUUCAUAUUCAAGUCGGCAAACUUUACCCUAAAGAAGCAAAUCAAAAGGAACCCUGGUUUAUAUCUAACAGCUGAUUAUAAGGAGAGAAACCCGGCCAUAAGGAAAAACCCGGCCAUAAAAAAAGAUGACACGUGCGGUUGAGUCCGUUUCCACGUUAACAUGGACUCUUUACAACGUCAUGAAACUUUGCUGCUCAGCAAGGUGUUGUAGCAAACACAUCUUCGGUUACGCAGGAGCGUAGGAGAGGAAAAAAAUAGUACAAAUAAAUAUAUCGUAAUUGCUAUUCGACCGAUUUUAUAAUGGUGACUGCGGUCAUUUGGCUGAUAAAUAACCUUCAUCCGUUUCCACGUUAACAUGGACUCUUUACAACGUCAUGAAACUUUGCUGCUCAGCAAGGUGUUGUAGCAAACACAUCUUCGGUUGCCUAGGUUACGCAGGAGCGUAGGAGAGGAAAAAAAUAGUAAAAAUAAAUAUAUCGUAAUUGCUAUUCGACCGAUUUUAUAAUGGUGACUGCGGUCAUUUGGCUGAUAAAUAACCUUCAUCCAAAAUUCCAUGACCUUCACAACCCUAGUCAUCGUUUUACUUGUCUUUCAUUGUUGUGCAAAUAUAUAAAUACAAUUUCUCUCUCCCCUCUUCUCUACCUAGGCUACAUUCACUACCAGCCGUCCAAGGACCGCCUUCGGCCCCACCUGCUGGAGAUGCUGGUCCAGAUGCCCCCUAACUCUGUGACCGAGGUGACCGUGCAGUUUGAGAGGGCACUCCUCAAGUGGACCGAGUACACCCCCGACCCCAACCACGGCUUCUACGUCGGGUACAACUUGACUUUGACUUUAUUGAGUCAUGUUAACUUUUUACAGAAACUGAAAAAGGGCAAUGCUAUGGGUCAAGUUCUGUACUCUAUCCAUCUGUGUCUAAUGAAAUGCAAACUGACCGAAAUGUUACAUAUAAAUACAUUUUUCAUGUUUGCCUAGUGCUGUCAAAGCUUUUAUAAGUGCCCUUUGCUCUUCAAUUCUGAAUGAAGAUAGGGCCAUGGCUGAAAUUGAGAUACUACUUGCUUGUGGUCUCUAGAUGUCCAGGUUUGCAGUAGAAGAUGUUUGAUUAAAUGUUGUCCCUCGCUUCAGGUCUUCUGUUAUCAGCGCUCUUGUGCCCAGUGUCGUUGCCAUGGAUACCAACAGCACUCGGGAAUGCCCACUUUUCAGCAGCUUGUGAGUAAUGAGGCAGUUUUUUUUAAAGGAGUGGUUGAGCACUUACAUAGUAGUUGUCUACUAUGUAAGUGAGGUAAUGCAAUUUGAAUGCAUCCCAAGUAAAAUCCUCUUUAAAAGUGGUGUACCAUUCCUCAAUUCCAUGGAAUUGACCCCAAACUCUCAUAGGUAAUAAUAAUAAUAAUAAUACAUUUCAUUUGAAUACCACUUUUCUUUACAGAGGAAUAUCACUAGCUCUACAUUGGCAAAAAUAAAGACAUUCAAUUUUAAAUAUGAAACUAAAUUUUUUACAUUAAACAUACCUCAUCUCGUCUGUCUUCCCAGUUUCCCCUGUAAAGAGGAGUCCAGUUACUUCAUGCGGGUCUACACGGAGCCCUUGCUGGUGAACCUGCCCACCCCUGAUUUCAGCAUGCCCUACAACGUCAUCUGCCUCACUUGCACCGUGGUGGCCGUGGGUUACGGCUCCCUCUACAACCUCCUGACCCGCAACUUCCAGGUGGAGGAGCCCAGCCCGGGCCUGGCCAAACGGCUAGCCAACAUAAUCCGCAGGCUACGGGGUGUGCCACUGCUGUGAUGAGCCAGAAUGCUAACUUAAACAACAACAACAACAGCAGAGGUCAGUGGCUACACCACUUGGGAACUGUGACCAUAAGUUUCAGGAAGAUACCGCUUUAAGCGCUGGAAACUUCGAAAAAAAUUAAUUAAAAAAUAACUCUACGUUUCUGUUUCGUGAAGGAUAAAGGAGUUGAUGAACAAUGAAGUGUCAUGGAUUCGAUGGACGUUGAAGGCUUUUUCUUGCCCGUGAGAAGCAAAAAAGGGUGGCCUUUCUUUAGUGCACUACUGCUGUUCUAAUUAAACAGGGAAUCACGCAUUUAAGGCAGGAAACAAAGUGUUUGCGCCUGGGUUUCAUUGGAGACAGUUGGCUGCAAGCUCAUUGUUGGUUACUGGAAAAAGUAAUUGUCUGUUAUAGAUCACAAGGAAGCCAUUGCUCUGAGAUCUCAGAGUCUCAGAGUAUGAGUGCUGAUCUA